AUGGCUUCAUUAUUAUCCCCCACUCUAGAUGUUGAUGCUCGCGCUGAAAUCGACAGCACAACAACAGGCUCAUCCCCCAAAGUCGCUGGCCUCGUUUACUGUGCAGUGGACCGUCAGGGCGAGAUCAUUUUCAGCCAUGCAUCCGGUGAAACAGGGCUGGGCUCCAAAACUCCAAUGACUCUGGAUACGACAUUUUGGAUAGCCUCUUGCACAAAGUUGAUCACGAGUAUCGCGUGCAUGCAAUUGGUUGAGCAAGGCAGACUGGCUCUCGACGACGUUGAGCAGGUUGAAUCACUGGCACCGGAACUGAAAGCUGUUCAAGUGCUGGAACGGGCUGAUGGUGGCUUUCGUUUGGUGCCGAAGAAUAGGGGCAUUACAUUGAGGAUGCUUCUGAACCAUACAUCUGGAUUCGGAUAUGCCUUUGAAGAUACGAAAUUAUGCGACUGGGCACGUCCAGUUGGGUUGGACGACUUUUCGGGCGUGGAAAGCGAUGUUCUCCAUCGACCACUUGUUAACCAGCCAGGGACCUGCUUUCAAUAUGGCGUGGGAGUAGAUUGGGCUGGUGUGCUUGUUGAGAGAGUCAUGAGUAUAACACUGGAGGAUUACUUCCAGAAGCACAUUCUGCAUCCUCUGGGUAUCGAGAAUAUAACAUUCUUUCCAACAGCAGAGAUGAAGGAAAACAUGGCGCACAUGCAUCAGCGACAGAGCGACGGAACACUGAGCGUGACAGACCAUCUCUAUCGGUAUCCCCUUCUUUCUGGAUCUGAAGCAAAGAAAUUCUGCAUGGGAGGUGCUGGAUGUUUUGGAAAACCAAUCGAAUACUGCCAACUUAUCGCCACUCUGUUGAACGAUGGCACGAGUCCAAAAACCGGAGCUUGUAUAUUUAAACCAUCCACAGUUCAAGAAAUGUUCACCGACCAAAUCCCGGAUGUGCCCCGAUAUUGCAACGAGUAUACACCGUCAGCCAAACCUCACCUUGCUAAUCCGUGUCCGAUCUUCCCCUGUGCCGAUGAUCUGACCGAAGGAUGGGGAUUAUCCUUCUCGUUGAGUCACAGAAAAUCGUCUACAGGGAGAGCCGCAGGAUCUGCUUUCUGGGAGGGGCUGGCGAAUCUGUUCUGGUUUGCAGAUCGCGAAAAUGGCGUUGGUGGGAUUAUUGCGUCGCAGAUUCUGCCGUAUGGAGUAGAUGCCAAAGUACUGGAGUGUUCCGAUGCCGUCGAAGGAAUGAUAUAUAAAGGGUUGGACAGCGGAAAUAGUAUUUAG